UGGAUCCGCAGCCCGGCGUUUUUUCCGAAGCAGAGAUCCUGAGGAUGGAGAUUGCGUCCCUGGUGAGCUUGCUCAGGGAGAAGCAGUCUGACGUUCUUUCGCUGGAUCCUGAGACCGUGAGGAAACUCACGUCCCUGACGAGCGAGAUGGCGUGCCAGAAGUCGGCAAGGGAGCGGCAAGCCUUGGUGGUUCCGGAGGUCAAACGCACAGCGCCGCGGAGCAAGAUCUCCAGGAGUAUAUACGAUUGUACCUGCAAUGCUGGUAAACAGAUGGCUGGCCAAUGUGCUGAGGACCAGAGGACCAAGGAGUGUGUGGAGAUGACUCAUCAGGUGGAGCACCAGAGGAGCAAGGAAGAGGCGGAUGAAUCUGUGACAGAUUUUGCAAUGGACCUUUGCAAAUCAAACAUGGAGACGCACCACAUGGCUGCUGAUAGCCAGACGACAGAUGACAAAGAGGAACAUUUUGUGGCAGCAGAUCUGAUAAGUGGUCUUUCCGACCAGAUGACUGUGCGCUGUUAUGAGAACCAGAGUGCUGUGGAGUGCCUGGAGAUGACUGAUCUCACGGUGGGCAAAGGCCAAUCAAGCACGGAGACGCCUGCGUUGAGGAUGAUGGACCAAGGAAAAUCAAGCAGUGAAGGCGAAUCAAGUAACGAAGGCAAAUCAAGCACGGAGACGUGUGCCCUGGCGUCGAGGAUGAUGGACCAAGGCAACUCAAGUAGUGAAGGCCAAUCAAGCACGGAGACGCGUGCGUUUAGGAUGAUGGACCAUGGAAAAUCAAGUAGUGAAGGCCAAUCAAGCACGGAGAUGCAAGUCCAAUCAAGUAAUGAAAGCAAAUCAAGCACGGAGACGCAUGCCUCGAGGAUGAUGGACCAAGGCAAAAAAUCAAGCUUUAGGAUGGUGCUGGAUUGCGAUGAGAAUGGUAUGCCCAACUGGUGCAAAUAUUACGAGAUGCUCGAAUGUGAGGAUGUGGAGGAGGAAGAUGAGGAGAUGACUCCGGAGGGUGUAAGGAUGUAUAACAAAUUCCGUAAGGAGCUAUUAGAGAUGGAAGCUGGCUUACGCAAGGACCGGGAACAGGAUCAAAAGGACGCGCUGAGGUGGGAGCGGGAUCAAAUUGACACACCGAGCUGUUACACAAUGGACCCGAUCCCCUUCUCACUUCAGGACGAGGCGGAGGAGACGGAAUUCACAAAAUCAGACACGGAGGAGAUGGAGAUGGCGGACAAGUUGUUUGCUUUAGGGCGUAAAGGCUGGGAAUCUGCAUGGGGAGACGACUGCGGUAACUUCGAAGACAGCACCGUAUUGAGUCCUAUGCACUUUACACAUUGCACGCCGGGACUGAUCCCGUACGCUGCUCGCACUGUGAGCACCUUGCAAAUCUACUCCGUGAAGAUUGUUGGAACAGAUGGAAAGUUGAAGUUGCCACUCCAUGUUUAUGGGAUUGUCGCUGCCCGAGAUGCCGUGGACUACAACCGCAACAUUCUCUUCUCCCGGCGAAGGGAAAACUGCCAAAAACUCACUCCAGAGGAUCAUUUUUUGCGCUUGACUGGCCCGUCCCGUGCAAUUGUGGCUGUGGACGAUGUUGAUUUCGAAGUCCAACUGAAAGUAAAGGGCUCAUCAAGGUCUCGCGACAGAGCAUUGAUGAGUCACUGCUUUACUUACGCCGGUGGUUACCAUGAAGGUUUACACACCACCUUCUCCAGCAACAGCUUUUGCACAGUAGAGUUUAGCUAUGAGCGACUUACAGAAACAGUCCAGGCUACUAUCUUGAGUGCGCGUGUUGUUGAAGGGGCGCCUUGGCCUUUUGAAUAUGGCGGGCGGAUUAUGUGCUCCUCGCCACCACGGAAAGUCACGGACUCCCUAUCCAGGCAAGUUGUGUUGGUUGAUUCUCGUCAUUCUGAUGGUGGCGGAGAAAUGCCAAUGGGCUUGGAUGGUUUCCUUGAUCUGUCAAGGCAUGUUGUUUCUGUAGAACUUGAAGAAAGCCUGCAGAUUGUCGUACAAGCAUACUCACAGUCUGGUGAUGCUAUUGCUAGACAAGGUAGUGUCAGGUUCAGGACCAAAUACUGCAACAUAAGUCGAGCGAUAUGUGAGAUUGGUGACUCUAAGGUGGAGAUAACUGUCGCUUGGUCCCAACUUGCUAAGCACAAGAGAGAUAUCCUCUUAGAAGGACAUGUUUGACGGCUCUUGUGCCGUGGAUG